GUCGACAUUAUGGCUGGAUAUCCUCCUUAUACAACCAGUUUCCAUCAUCCGUAUGCUCAAGUAGCAUACCUGCCUGCUGCUGUACCUACCAUCGCUCCGGUCAGUCAGUGGAUAGAACACACAUCGCACGAUGGGCGUAAGUACUACUAUAACACUGCAACGCAGCAGACUACCUGGGAAAAGCCGCAAGAACUUAAAACUACCAGGGAACUUAUACUUUCAAGUUGUCCUUGGAAAGAAUUCAAGUCAGAAAACGGGAGGUUAUACUACUUUAACGAACAAACAAAACAGUCUGUUUGGGUGAAGCCACAAGAAUUAAUUGAUGCUGAGAAUCAGGCAGAAAGUGCCUCAUCGACAGCCGCGUCAGACAAAAAGGUCCCCACUUCUUCAGUAUUAGGAACUCCAUGUACACCGGCCACGCCUAAGGACGAGCCCUCUAAGCCGCCGGAACCUUCAGCUAUCGAAAAAGCAAUGAUGGCCACGUUGAGUUCUUACGACUUGCCGACAACAACGGACAGUAUUCCAAUACCCCCACCACCUCCAACGGAAGCCCCAGCGGAAACGCAAAAUGAGUAUGUGGAUCGUACCAACGCAGAUAAUGCCGGGCGGGUGGGCACUACAAGCUCAGGCGGUUCUCCUGCACCGCAUCAAGAGUACAAAACUCGUGGGGAGAUGGCAGAGGGACUACGUCGCUUAUUCCGUGACUGCAACGUACCUGGCUCUGCGACUUGGGAGCAGGCCCUCAAGCUUAUUUCCGCCGACCCACGAUAUUCUCUUUUGAAGACCUUCACAGAAAAGAAACAAAUUUUCAAUGUCUACAAGACACAACGCUUGAAGGAGGAGCGUGAAGAACAACGCCUACGCGCUAAACAGGCGAAAGAGGACUUAGAACGCUUCCUUCUCCGACAUCCAAAACUCCAUUCCACCAUGUCUUACAGAAAAGUAGAACAGUUGCUCUCAGAUGCUCGUGAGUGGACGUCCGUGCCUGAUCGAGAUAGACGGGAGCUUUUCGAGGACGUGAUGCAGUUGAUUUCCAAACGUGAACGCGAUGAGGCGAAAGUGGUCAGAAAGAGAAAUAUCAAAGUUUUCCAUGAAAUACUCAGUGGAAUGCCAAAUCUUACAUUCCGGACGACCUGGAGUGAAGCACAGCAAAUGCUUCUGGACAAUCCGAAAUUCACAGGAGAUAUUGAACUGCAAAGUCUGGACAAGGAGGAUGCUCUGAUUUGCUUUGAAGAACAUAUUUGCAUGUUGGAACAGGAGCAUGAUGAGGAGAAGGAGCGCGAUCGGCGUAGACAGAAGCGUCAACAACGAAAGAAUCGCGAGGCUUUCAUAGUACUGUUGGAUGAACUACACGAAAACAAAUUGCUCACGGCAACGUCCCUAUGGAAAGAUUUGUACUCCAUCAUUAACAGAGAUGAGCGAUUCCACAAGAUGCUCGCGCAGCGUGGGUCAACUCCACUCGAUCUCUUCAAGUUCUAUGUGGAGGCGCUUAAAGCCCGUUAUCCAGCCGAACGAAAGCUUAUAAAAGAAAUUAUCAAGGACAACGGGCUCAAUAUCGAUCUGUCUACCUCCUUUGAAGAUUUUGUUGCUCUUGUCUCGAAAGAUGAACGAAGCAAGGGCAUUGAUGAUGGUAACAUGCGCAUGACCUACGAGAGUUUCCUCGAAAAGGCUCAAGGGCGGGAGCGCGAACGCCAGAGAGACGAUGCACGUCGAAUGCGUAAGUUGGAACAGAAUUUCUGUGAGAUGCUUUGUUCGGCCAAAUUCAUCGGACACAAUACCACAUGGGAAGAAGUUCGAGACCAUUUCAGCGGACAUCCAGCUUUCUGCGCGUUGACUCUGGAAUCGGAGCGCAUUCGUUUGUUCAAAGAAUAUCUGAUCUCCCUAGAGUCUGCGGCUUUAGCGGAGAGCGAAAAGUCACGAAAAGGUCACAAGGAGAAGCAUCGUCACAAGAGAGAGGUUUCGGAGAGCGUUGAUAAGCGUGAAAAAAGUAAGAAGCGAUUGACUCCGGCAUCCCCUGAUCAUUCGGACGCUAGCGGGGCGCACAUCUCAGAUGGUGACGUGGCGGGCGGUUCUGGGAAGCGUAAACAUCGAAAGUCCAAGAAAUCCAAGCAUCGAAAAUCGAAGCACCGUAAACAUCACAAAGCCGAAAGUCGACAAGCAGGGGGUGAAGAGCUUGAGGAGGGAGAAGCUGCCGACGAUGACGAUGAAGGGGAAGCUACCGAAGAGGACACCCGUCAUCGUCGUCGGAAGCACCGCCGACGUGCACGUUCGUCUGAUCCAGAGGAUGGGGAGGAGGUCGAUAGUGGAAGUGAGGAUGAAGAAACCUACGAACGUGAAUCGAAGCGCAAACGACAUUAGUAGGGAUCCUCCUCAUAGGAUGAUUGCGCAAUUCAUCCUCUGUACUACACCGUGUGCAAAUUUCUUUCCUUUGAAAAUUUUCUCUCAGUACCA